AUGAUAGAAGAAGCUUGGUAUCAAGUUGGAGAAGAAGAAUUAUUGACUCCCAGUUGUACUAAUAAUUUAUUUGAAAUACAAAUUCUGCCUAAGUCUAAUGGAAAGCGAAAGCAAGACAAUGUAAAGCCUCCUCAAAGCUAUGAAACAGAAAAUUGCAAUGACUCUUCUACUGGCAAACCUUUAAGUCUUGUUUGCCCAUCAAGCAGUUGUUUUUAUGUAUUAAAUUCAAUUGAAGAAUUAUCAACUCAUGUCGCAACAUUUCACAAAUUUUCUUGCAACAUUCCUAAUUGCAGCUUUACAACUACAUGCCUGUGCAAGCUUUCAGACCAUAUAAAGAAAUCCCAUCAUAAUUACAAAAAAUUGCCAGUUGUCCCAGCAUCAAGUAUAUCAAAGAUGUGUCAUGAAUCUAAGCAUAAAAAUCCAGAGCUUCCUGCGAAAAGAAGUAUCAACUUAGAGAGCCAUGCAACGGAGAUACUGAAUGGAUAUUUCUCUAACCAAAUAAAUGUGACUGACAUAAAUGAUCCUUUAAGCUUAAAGAAGAGGAAAUAA